GAAACCAGUGUGUGGGGGUUCAGUCUGGCGGAUGGAGCCGGAGCCUUCUUGAAUCACCCGGGAACGCGACGGCGUGGGCGCUGCUCCCAGCGAUGCCACACCUCCCGAGGACACAGGGGACAUCGGCUGCUGCUGAGCUUGGCAUCUCCCCACCGGCGGACCGAAGGCAUCAGCCAGACGCUCCUCUGCCCUGAAGUGCGGAUCCGCGACAGCUCCCGGGAAGAUUCUGUCUCUCUGUCUCUCUGUCUCUCUUUCUCUCUCUCUCCAGUCCAAACCAUUACAAGACCUGACUUCCACCAUCUGGGAAUCUAACCCCUUUUAUGUCCCUUCUCCUCUUUUUUUCUGCGAUGACUCACCAUUAUUUUUAACUUUGAAGAGAGAGGAAAUUAUGGGGAUCUUGGAAGCCUCUCCUUCUCUCUAGGAUUUCCCCAGGGUCAGAUAUUCGGUGUUACUAAGAGACACUAAGAUUUGGCUUCUCCAGGUAAUGUGAUUCGUUUUCUGUGUGCCAUGGUGGUUUGCAGAGGAUGACAGGAGCCGGGACACCAGCGGUCGAGGAGGGGGACUGCAGUGGCCCGCGGGGCAGCUGCCACCGGCGGCUCCGAGCCAAGGCGGCCCGGCCGGCUGCAGGCAGGGAGGGCAGCAUGUCACCCGGCUGGGGCGAGAGGAGUGGGAAGGUGUCCAGCUUAAACCCAGAGCCCUCCUGGAGGGUUUAGGCUGCCUGAGCCUGCACGGUUCAGCCUGGUUAACCCUUAGCUGCAUGUCUGCAGAGGAGCCGAGCCUGGGCUGCCCUCUCCCCGGCGCCCCGCGGGCUUCCCUCAGCACGGGGUUAUUUUUCCUCCUGCCUUUCCCAUCCCUUCCCUCCCCUCCUUUCCUCCCUCCUCUCUUUCUGUUCUUUAUAAAUUAAAUAGGAAUUUGGGUGGGUUUUUUUUUUUAAGCCAACACAAAGUUGUGUUUUGCCCGGGCCAGGUUUGUCUGCAUGGGUUUAGAAGAGGUGAUGCUUCCUCAGGUGUUUGCUCUCUCCCACCUGAUGGGUUUAGCUGGGAGGUUUUGAGCUCCCGUCCCGACGAAGGUAAAUCAACCCCCCCAGCCCCCGAGGAAAGGGAUAGGCAAGGCUAGUGAAGGGAUCUGCUCUCCUCUUGCCUCCUCCCCCCAACUUUAUUCCAUCUCUCUCUUUCUCAGCAGGGCUGAUUUCCUUUCUUCGUUUUUUUGUUUUCUUUCCUUUCAUUUUUUUUCCCUUUUCUUUUUCUUUUCUCUUUUAAUUUUUCUUCUUCUUUGUCUUUUUUUGUUAUCGUUGUUGUUUUGGUUUCUUUUGUGUUCCCACAUCUCCUCCCUUCGCCUUUUCAUGAGACACUUCCAAACCUACGUCCCUGUCCUUCCGCAGGAUAGUAACCCUGCCCUGAAUCCGACCCCACCACCACCACCACCACCACCGGGAAGAGUUUAGCAUCUCAGGCUUUCUCUUUAAAGGCCAAUUAUGACAGUGGCUACAGGAGAUCCUGCAGACGAAGCUGCAGCUCUUCCCGGCCACCCGCAGGACACCUAUAACCCCGAGGCCGACCAUGAGUGCUGCGAGAGGGUGGUCAUCAACAUCUCGGGGCUGCGCUUCGAGACGCAGCUCAAGACGCUGGCCCAGUUCCCAGAGACCUUGCUAGGGGAUCCCAAAAAGAGGAUGAGAUACUUUGACCCUCUCCGGAACGAGUAUUUCUUUGACAGGAACAGACCCAGCUUCGAUGCCAUCCUCUACUACUACCAGUCCGGCGGCAGGCUGCGGAGGCCUGUCAAUGUGCCCCUGGACAUCUUCUCCGAGGAGAUUCGCUUCUACGAGCUGGGGGAAGAGGCGAUGGAGAUGUUCCGGGAGGACGAAGGCUACAUCAAAGAAGAGGAGAGGCCCUUGCCUGAGAACGAGUUCCAGAGACAAGUGUGGCUGCUCUUCGAGUACCCCGAGAGCUCAGGCCCCGCCAGGAUCAUCGCCAUCGUCUCCGUCAUGGUGAUUCUGAUCUCCAUCGUCAGCUUCUGCCUGGAGACGUUGCCCAUCUUUCGGGACGAGAACGAAGACAUGCACGGCAGUGGGCUGAGCCACCCCCCCUACUCCAACAGCAGCAUGGGCUACCAGCAGUCCACCUCCUUCACCGACCCCUUCUUCAUCGUGGAGACCCUCUGCAUCAUCUGGUUCUCCUUCGAGUUCCUGGUGAGGUUCUUUGCCUGCCCCAGCAAGGCUGGCUUCUUUACCAACAUCAUGAACAUCAUCGACAUCGUGGCCAUCAUCCCCUACUUCAUCACGCUGGGCACGGAGCUGGCCGAGAAGCCGGAGGAUGGGCAGCAGGGCCAGCAAGCCAUGUCCUUGGCCAUCCUCAGAGUCAUCCGCCUGGUCAGGGUCUUCAGGAUCUUCAAGCUCUCCCGGCACUCCAAGGGGCUGCAGAUCCUGGGCCAGACCCUCAAGGCCAGCAUGCGGGAGUUGGGCCUCUUGAUCUUCUUCCUCUUCAUCGGCGUCAUCCUCUUCUCCAGCGCCGUCUACUUCGCCGAGGCCGACGAGAGCGAGUCGCAGUUCCCCAGCAUCCCCGACGCCUUCUGGUGGGCCGUGGUUUCCAUGACGACCGUGGGCUACGGGGACAUGGUCCCCACCACCAUCGGGGGCAAAAUAGUGGGGUCCUUGUGUGCCAUCGCCGGCGUCCUAACGAUUGCCUUACCAGUGCCCGUCAUAGUCUCUAACUUCAACUACUUCUACCACCGGGAGACGGAGGGAGAGGAGCAGGCUCAGUAUCUGCAAGUAACCAGCUGCCCAAAGAUCCCCUCUUCCCCUGACCUAAAGAAAAGCAGAAGUGCCUCUACCAUUAGUAAGUCUGACUACAUGGAGAUUCAGGAAGGCGUAAACAAUAGCAAUGAGGACUUUAGGGAGGAGAACUUGAAGACAGCCAAUUGCACCCUGGCUAACACAAACUAUGUGAACAUCACCAAGAUGCUCACUGACGUCUAAAGCGCGCUCCAGACCCCGGCCCCUGCCCUGCCGAGCCCGAGUGGAACAAGCGCAGCUCCCGAGCGCUGCUCCGCGGCGUAGCUACCACAGCUCUUUUCUACGGUGUACAUUCGGUUCUGCAUGGGAAGCAGUAGCUGUGUAAGUGACUCUUCAACCUUUGAUUUUCCACACUGAGUAAGCAUCCCUGUGAGAAAAACAUGCAAAGAAACAGAACCAAAACCAACCAACCCAACCCACCAACCCAACCCCACCAACCCCAACCCAACAAACCAGCUAACCCAAACCAACCAACUAACCCAAUCCAAUCAACUAACCCAACCCCACCAACCCCAACCCAACAAACCAGCUAACCCAAACCAACCAACUAACCCAAACCAAUCAACUAACCCAACCAACCCCAACCCAACAAACCAAUCAACCCAAAAAACCCCAACCAAUCCAAUCCGACCCAACACAACCCAACCAACCCAACCCAAUCCCCCCCAACAGACCAACCAACCCCAACCAAACCAACCAACCCAAUCAACCAACCCCAACCAAACUAACCCAACCAGCCCUAGCCAAACCAAACCAAUCAACCCAACCCACCCUAACAAACCACCCCCAACCAACCCCAACCAAACUAACCCAACCAACCCUAACCAAACCAACCAAACCAACCCCACCCACCCUAACAAACCAACCCCAACCAACCCCAACCAAACCACACCAACCCAACCCACCCUAACCAACCCCAACCAAACUAACCCAACCUAACCAAUCAACCCCAACCAACCCAACCACCCCAACCAAACCAUUUUGUUUCCCUUCUUCCCAUCCCAAGCUGGUCUGGAGGGGAGCAGCAGGAUGGGGAUGUUGGUGGAGUGGUAACUCCGAGGUCAUCUCGGGGUAGCCUGAUGGAGCUGAGUGGGGGUGGGUGGGGAUGGGAGGAGAUUUCUCAGCUUCCAGGGAUGGGGGUUAAAAAAAAAACCAACAACCCAACCCCAAACCAAACCAAACCAAACAAUCAAAGGUCAGGCAGAGCUCAGCGAAGGGAAGCUGCAGUGGUGCGCCCGAGCCACCUGCAGGCUCAGGUUGCCAGCGCCGGGGAGCGCCGAGCGCCAGCGCAGCGCCGAGGCUCGCGUUUCGUAACGGAAAAUGCUGCAUGCUGCAACAGUCUCAGCCACUGCAGUGUGCCAGGGUGAGGCCCAGGGGAAGGCUCAUUAGUGUGACAAGCACAUUAUUUAUUAAGUCUUAAAUUUUCAAUGCUAGGCAUCGGGAGAAGAAAGGUUAAGGGGCAUGGAGGGGGGAGGAAGGAGGAGGAGGAGGAGGAGGAGUAAAUAAAUCAAGCGCUUGGGGUUUUGCUUAUUUAUUUUAGCCAUCGAUCUGCCACCCCCCAGGCCCCCUUCAAGAGUUGUUGUUGUUUUCUUUCCUGAUGAACCAAAGGCACCUGAGUUGGGGGAAAACAAAGAAACAAACCCACAGACACAGACACACAGAAGGGGGUGGGAAAGCAUCUCUGGGGGCUUUUGUGUUGGUUUUAAAUCUCUCUCUCUCUCUCUCUCUAAAACUGGAGCAACUCUGCUGUGGCCUAUGAUAUAUUUAUGCUGCAGUGCCAUGUAACCAGUCGUACAGCUGCAUGGGUAGGUGUUGCAUGAGUCUGAGUAGUUAAUACACACACCAAUAAUCUCUUUUCCUUAGUAGCCUCUCUGCAGUAGUCCUGUCUGUAGCGUUUAGAGAUGCUCUGGCAGCUCGGGGGGGUGGAGGUUACCCGAAAGGAAGGAAAAAAGCAAAGAACAAAAGCAAGACAAUAACCUCCCUGCUUAGUUAGGCUCCCUGGCUGGGGAAGUUGUGGGCUGAGAAAGGGGGAGGAGAGAGAAAGGAGGCAAAGAGCUGGAGCAGGCAGACACCAGAGAGCCUGCUCAGGCAAGGUGAGCUGAAAGUUAAACACCUGCGCUCAUUAUGGGGUGAGUAAUUAGUCAUUAAGCUGAGUGUCAGGAGCAGAACACAGGGUGGAGCAGGGAGGGCAGGUGGAAGAGCAGGUAGCAGCUCUCCUGGCUUGUUUGGUCAGCAGUCUCCAGCUCUUUCCCAGCCAGUUCUUGUCUGUGUGUGUAGAGAUACUUAGAGAGAGAGAGCGCAGAGCCCCAGCCCUCGGCUGCCCAGCUCAGGGCUGCUGGGGUGGUGGCACAGGGGCUGCAGCCCCACGGUGCCCAGCUCAGGGCUGCUGGGGUGGUGGCACAGGGGCUGCAGCCCCACGGUGCCCAGCUCAGGGCUGCUGGGGUGGUGGCACAGGGGCUGCAGCCCCACGGUGCCCAGCUCAGGGCUGCUGGGGUGGUGGCACAGGGGCUGCAGCCCCACGGUGCCCAGCUCAGGGCUGCUGGGGUGGUGGCACAGGGGCUGCAGCCCCACGGUGCCCAGCUCAGGGCUGCUGGGGUGGUGGCACAGGGGCUGCAGCCCCACGGUGCCCACAGCAGCAUAGAACCACAGAGCUGCCUGGCUGGAAGAGACCUCCAGAUCACAGAUUCCAGCCACGAAGAGUUCAUUGUCAGAAGGGAAUUUGAAGGGCAUCUACCCCAGCCCCUGAAGCUCACCUGGGAUCCUUCUGGGGUCACCAGGGCAGGCUGUGUUUGAGGGGGGAAAUCUCCUUCCCAGCUGUGCAGAGCCUCGGGGCUGGUGGUUUAUUGCUUUGUGGCAGAGAGGGCACCUCCUGAGGGAGGGCUGGGUCCAAGCUGGUGCCUUCGAGCCUUUGCUUUGCCUUCUCCCGGGGGUGUUAGCAGGUGAGGAGUGAAGGUGCAGAGACCCUGAGGCUGCCUCUGCUUCUUCACCCUUGCUGCUGUCUGGGAUGGGUGGGAGCUGGCCCAGGGCAUCUCAUUUGCUUUCUCCAUCCCUGCCUGCACUUCCUUGCACUUCUCCCCACUGCAGACUAACCCUUGGGAUGGGCACCUCUGCCAGGUCAAAGGAGAGAGAUGCAAGCCUCUUGCAAGGUGGUGGUUGAGCAGACCCUCUCUGGGGUGCAGGGUGGGGCUCAUUAGGUUUUUGAGCUGAGGGCUGAGCUGGGGUGCAGCUGGGGCACAGUCUGUGCUGUGCCACUGCAGUGAUGUGGGCACCAGGAGGGAGCUCCACUGCAGAGAGAGCAAGGGUGGGCAGCCAGCCCCUCCCUGAGGUCAGAGAGGGCAACCAUAGUAAUAACAAUCAAACCAAGGGUGCUAGCCUAUUCUACAGCAAUGGUCCAAUGCUGCUCUGGGGCUGGACCCACCUCUGGUGCUGAUGCAGCUCCCCUCAGUCUGCUGGAAUCACUCCUGGCUUUUAUCUGAUUGAUUAAUUGAUUUAUUCCAGCCUGGCUCAAACCAGUACCAAGUGUCCAUGAUCAGUGCACAAGAGUCCUGGCUUCUGUCUGGGGCACAGGACCAGCAGCAUCCACACCUUGGGUCUCAAAGGUGCUCAGCACCACGCAGCAUGGGACCCCAGCCUGUCUUUAAUGAUACUGGGAAUCUUCUCCUCCCUCUGUGCUGCUGCAGCUCUGCAGUGGAGGCUCCUGGAGCCCACUGACAGCUGAGACACAUUCAAAAAAGCAAUAAAGCUCUGCCCCUGAAGCUGGACCCAUGGAGCAGGGUGGGGCUGGUGGCCAACUGCCACCCAUCCUGCUCCUGGUGGGUCCAGGGCAGUGUGAGCCUGCAUGGGGAAGCUGCCUCAGGCACCAGGAUGCUGCCUGCCCACCCGUGGGCACUCUGGGUGACCCCAUCUCGGGUGUGGGGGAAGGCACCAAGGCUGAGGACAAGUUGUUGGAGGUUCUUUGUGGUGGAUGGUGGCACCCAAGGGGACUGGCAGCUGCUGGGGGUUCUUUGGGUGGGUGGUGGCACCCAAGGGGACUUGGCAACUGCUGGGGGUUCUUUGGGUGGGUGGUGGCAAUCAGUGAGGCUUUGAAGUUGUUGGUUCUUUGUGAGGAUGGUGGCACUCAGUUGGACUUGGCAGCUGUUGCAGGUCCUUUGGGAGGAUGGUGGCACUCAGUGGGGCUUUGCAAAGCCUCUGGUGGUUUAAUGCCUGUGGGCUUUGAAUGAUGUGGAGGGAGUGCUCUGGGUGCAUCCUGGGAGCAUGAGCUCUGCUGUGGUUCAGGAAGAUGACAGUUUUGGGGGGCAGGUUGGUGGUGUCCUGGGCAUGGUGUCCCCCAUGGGCCUUCUGGAGCCAGGCAGGGGGUGAGAGUGGGUCUGUGAGCUGGGUCAGGCACAUACAAACCCACUCAGCAAGCUGGAGAGGGACCCUUUGGAAGCCCCAGAGCCACAUCUCAGGGAUGAACAGAGCUGAGGAGCACAAGGCCACAUUCCUCCUGCCACCACCAACAGGAGCUGACUUCUGUCCCCACAGCAGGGGCCAGCAGCCAGUCCCUUCCUCUGUGCAAGGAGCCCAGGAUCUGUCCUGACCCAGGCAGAUGUUCCUGAGGACAACAAGCCCUGGGGGAAGAGCAUCUCUGGGCUGCCCUUGGCACCAUGCUUGGGAAGUGAGGCAAUAAACAGCCAGAGAAGUGCUCAGGUGUUUGGUUCAGGGCAAAGAAAAAGAAGGUCCAUGGGGGCCCUGGCUGGAGGGAGCCAUUGGGCUGCAGGGAGCAGAAGGGUCCAGGCUGCUCUCCCACGCAGAGGAGUGGUUCCCCCAUAGCUCUGUGAUGGGAUUUGUGCCUGCAGGUCGCAGCUCCAGUGCUAUUUCUGGCUUUGCUUCUGACUCACUGAUGUGAUCUUGAACCAGUUUCUCAGGAGGAGGCUGUGGGGUUUGCUGGGCUGGGUUUGGGGUUCUUUAUUCUCUCCUUUUUUUGGGGGUGUAUUUUUUUUUCCUUGAGGAAUUUACUCUGAGGGACUCUGAGCCUCUUUCCAUGGAGAUGUCGAGCACCCAAAACUCCUCCUGACUCUAAAAGGUGCAAAAAUGACUCUGCCAAGUGACUCUGGCUGGGAAGGUUGAAUUGAGGACUGGGGAAGGGUCCCAUCCUCUCCUCUGAUUGUACCAAGCCACUUCGUGUAGGUGGUUUUGUUUCUCUCCUCUUCCCUUGGAGGUGUUUGCCCAUCUCCAGGGCUGGAACAGAGGUCUGAAGCUGUUUUGCUCUCUGGAGGUGCUGCUGGGUUGGCACCCAGAGGAUUCAGCUCCUGUAUUUCAGUUUCACCCUUUGUGCCCUGGGUCUGCAGAGAGUGAAACUGGUGGCUGCAGCCUGGACUGCCUCCUGCCACCAAGCCUGUGGGCAGCACAUCAGCCCUUGAACAUCCUCCCAGAUCCUCUGCUGAGGGCACUGUGGUGAGGCUCCAGUGCUGGUUGGACACCACCAAGUGAUGAAGGCUGCUAGGCAAAAAUUACCUAUGUGGGGCAGUGUUUUUUUUUUGCUGGGGGACACCAAAUCUCUGCAGUGCUGCUUGGUUCUUGCUGGGGGACACCAAAUCUCUGCAGUGCUGCUUGGUUCUUGCUGGGGGACAGCAGAUCUCUGCAGUGCUGCUUGGUUCUUGCUGGGGGACACCAAAUCUCUGCAGUGCUGCUUGGUUCUUGCUGGGGGACAGCAGAUCUCUGCAGUGCUGCUUGGUUCUUGCUGGGGGACAGCAGAUCUCUGCAGUGCUGCUUGGUUCUUGCUGGGGGACACCAAAUCUCUGCAGUGCUGCUUGGUUCUUGCUGGGGGACAGCAGAUCUCUGCAGUGCUGCUUGGUUCUUGCUGGGGGACAGCAGAUCUCUGCAGUGCUGCUUGAUUCUUGCUGGGGGACAGCAGAUCUCUGCAGUGCUGCUUGGUUCUUGCUGGGGGACAGCAGAUCUCUGCAGUGCUGCUUGGUCUCUGCUGGGGCACAGCAGAUCUCUGCAGUGCUGCUUGGUUUCUGCUGGGGGACAGCAGAUCUCUGCAGUGCUGCUUGGUUCUUGCUGGGGGACAGCAGAUCUCUGCAGUGCUGCUUGGUUCUUGCUGGGGGACAGCAGAUCUCUGCAGUGCUGCUUGGUUCUUGCUGGGGGACAGCAGAUCUCUGCAGUGCUGCUUGGUCUCUGCUGGGGCACAGCAGAUCUCUGCAGUGCUGCUUGGUGCCCAGGUCCUCCAGCUCCGUGUGCUGAGCCAUAGCAAGAGAAGGAUCCCUGGAUUGGCACUCAGUGUGGCACGUGGGUGUAUAAAUAUGGGCAUAUUUGUGCAUAAAUACACAGAAGGAGAGAAAAAGACAGAGGAGGAGGAGGAGGUAUUUCAGGAAGGGCCUUGCUUUGUUAUCAGAUAAUUCCUGGGUCAGACCUGGAAAUCGCUGCCAAAGUCUUGUAGCUUUCCCAGAGCUUGCAGUGCACUCAGGGAUGGAUCUGGGUGAAGAGAGAGAUUCAGCUCUGGUCUUGGCACUGAAAGCAUCCUGAGGGGCUGGUGGCAUCCAGCUGUAGGCAUCCCUCUGCCAGCCAGCAGCUCUGCUCUGGGUCCUGAAGCCCCCAGCUUGGAUCUGUCCCCAGGGUGCUGUGGCUGAGCAGGGAAAGCCAAGCAGGAGGGGAAGGGAUUGGUUUGUGCUGCACCAGGUGGGGCUUUGCCAGGUUGGUUUGGGUGGGUUUGAAGCCCCUUGAGCCGUGCUGGCUUUUGGGCCCAGGCUGGUGCCAAGGAGCAUC